AUGAAUCCUUUUGAUCGAGCUUAUUCAUAUCGCUAUGCACAGCAAGCUGAUGAAAGCGACGGCCUGAGUGAUGGUCAUUCGCGUCGGAACACUGGACGCCCAAAUGAGCACGCCUUGUCCCUACUUCAUUCGGCCAAUUCUUCUGCCUUGUCUAUCAGUUCCUCCGAAGACCCAAUCUAUUCCAGUGAACGUCGACCGUACACCUCUUCAUUUGCUCAGGCUAAACGCCCGAGACCAGAUUCCAUGGAGUCACUCGAUCUCCCCGACCAGAUCAGACUACACAACCUUUCCAACCAGGGCUCUGCUGUUUCCUCUUCCAAAGAGUCGGGGACACGACAGAAGGGGAGCGCCAUCCGUCGAUACCCAACACGGCGAAUCAAGUUGACACAAGGCUCGGUCUUGAGUAUCAACUAUCCAGUACCGAGCCCUAUACGCAAUGCUAUCCAGCCUGAGUAUCGAGAUGCAGAGGGGGAACUUUCCGAAGAAUUUACCCAGAUGAGGUACACUGCUGCGACAUGUGAUCCAGAUGAAUUUACGCUACGCAAUGGUUACAAUCUUCGUCCUUCGAUGUACAAUCGGCAUACCGAACUUCUCAUUGCCAUCACAUACUACAACGAGGAUAAAGUACUGACUGCCCGAACCCUACAUGGGGUAAUGCAAAAUGUCCGAGACAUUGUGAAGUUGAAGAAGACAGAAUUCUGGAACCGAGGUGGUCCCGCAUGGCAAAAGAUCGUCGUCUGUCUCGUCUUCGAUGGCAUGGAUCCCUGCGAUAAGAACACACUUGACGUUCUGGCAACUAUCGGCGUUUUUCAAGACGGCGUGAUGAAGCAAGACGUGGAUGGAAGAGAAACAAUUGCUCACAUCUUUGAAUAUACCACACAGUUAUCGGUCACCCCGAAGCAAGAGCUUGUGCGCCCACACAAAGACAACCCCAUGAAUCUGCCCCCGGUACAGAUGAUGUUUUGCCUCAAGAAAAAGAAUGCGAAGAAGAUCAACUCACAUCGGUGGCUGUUCAAUGCAUUUGGACGCAUCUUGAAUCCUGAGAUCUGCAUCCUGAUCGACGCGGGCACGAAACCUGGGCCUAAGUCUUUGCUAGCCCUGUGGCAGACUUUCUACAAUGACAAAAAUAUCGGCGGUGCCUGCGGUGAAAUUCAUGCGCUUCUUGGCCACCGAUGGGAGAAGCUGCUCAAUCCCCUGGUUGCGGCCCAAAACUUCGAAUACAAAAUCUCCAAUAUCCUUGACAAACCCUUAGAGAGCAGUUUCGGCUACGUGAGCGUACUUCCGGGGGCUUUUUCGGCCUACCGGUACCGCGCUAUCAUGGGCAGGCCUCUUGAGCAGUAUUUUCAUGGAGACCACACCCUCGCUCAAAAGCUCGGCAAGAAAGGAAUUGACGGGAUGAAUAUCUUCAAGAAGAACAUGUUUCUUGCCGAAGAUCGCAUUCUUUGCUUCGAGUUAGUCGCCAAGGCGGGCAAUCAGUGGCUACUCACAUACGUGAAAGCGUCGAAAGGAGAAACAGACGUCCCGGAGCGACCAGCUGAGUUCCUAAGUCAACGGCGGCGAUGGCUGAAUGGAUCUUUUGCAGCAUCGCUAUACUCAAUCAUGCAUUUCAACCGGAUAUACAAGAGUGGGCAUAGUAUUAUACGGUUGCUAUUGCUUCAUGUUCAAUUGGUUUACAAUAUCUGCCAGUUGAUCAUGACAUGGCUUUCACUCGCAUCCUACUGGCUCACAAGUUCCGUCAUCUUGGACAUUGUGGGAACACCCAGUGCGACCAACAAAUUCAAAGGCUGGCCGUUUGGGAACGAUGCUACUCCAAUUGUCAAUAACAUUCUGAAAAUUGGGUAUCUGGCAUUCUUGAUGCUUCAAUUCAUCCUAGCUCUUGGGAAUCGACCAAAGGGAUCAAAAUUUCUGUACACGCUCUCCUUCGUCUAUUUUUCCGUGGUCCAGCUCUAUCUCCUCGUUUUAUCAUUCUACCUCGUCGCGCAGGCCAUGACUCCCGAAAAUCUCAAGUUUGAUUUCAGUCAUGGUUUGGGGGCAUUCAUAUCGGGUUUUUUCAACUCAACGGGCGGGCUUGUUCUGAUUGCCUUGGUCUCAACAUACGGGAUCUACUUCCUUGCGAGCAUACUCUAUGCCGACCCUUGGCAUAUGCUCACUUCAUCAUGGUCCUAUUUCCUCGGAAUGCCUUCUUCGAUCAAUGUUCUGAUGGUCUAUGCAUUUUGCAAUUGGCACGAUGUUUCGUGGGGAACUAAGGGAUCAGACGCACCAGAAAAGCUUCCAUCCGUGCAAACCAAGAAGGAGAACGAAACGCCUUUUGUUGAAGAACUGGACAAGCCUCAAGUCGACAUUGACGAGCAGUUCGCAUCCACUGUGAAGCGGGCCUUGACUCCUUGGCAAGAACCAACUCAGAAAGAAGGGGUGGCCCUUGACGAUUCAUACAAAGCUUUCCGAACGAAUCUCGUUUUGCUGUGGACAUUUAGUAAUGGUCUUCUGGCAUUGUGUAUCAAUAACCUCAGCAUCGACAGGCUUUGCCUAACGUCGACGUCUACAACUCGCACGGCGUGGUAUUUCAAGAUCAUUCUGUUGACCACUUCCGGUCUCUCGAUUUUCCGAUUCUUUGGGGCAUUGUAUUUCCUAUUGAGGACCGGAGUCUUAUUCUGUGUUUCUAGGCGUUAA